AACGAAACGACUCACUCGCCCAACUCAAUACUCAAUAGAUAAGAUUAGAGCGAGAGAGAGAGAGAGCUUGUGAAACAACCAACAAUGGCGUCUUCAGCAUCGACUCUGUCGUGGAGUUCCUCAACCUGGCUCCAGAGCUUCAGUGGAAACGUGAACGAGCCCACCAAAUUGUCAGACAGAAGAACGACCUUUGUCAUCUUGGCCCAAAAGAAAGCUAAGAAGACUCGAGCGAUAAUUUUGAAGGAGGAUGUAGCUGAGUUGGGGAAGAAAGGUCAACUUCUUAAUGUCAAGGCUGGUUUUUACAGGAAUUAUCUGCUUCCCACUGGGAAGGCUCAGAUUGUUACUCCUGACUUGGUCAAGGAAAUGAAGAUGGAAGAGGAAAGAAUUGAAGCUGAGAAGAAGCGGGUAAAAGAAGAGGCAGAACAGUUGGCUCUUAUUUUUGAAACUGUUGGAGCUUUCAAGGUGAAGCGCAAGGGUGGAAAAGGAAAGCAAAUUUUUGGAACUGUUACUGCUCAGGAUCUUGUGGAUAUCAUCAAGGCUCAACUUCAAAGGGAUGUGGACAAGCGAAUCGUUUCUCUUCCCGAGAUUCGAGAAACUGGGGAAUAUGUUGCAGAAUUGAAGCUUCACCCAGAAGUCACUGCUCGAGUGAGGGUGACUGUUUUCGCAAACUAAGGACAGGCAGGCACGGUUGAACUUGAAGUCAUCUAAGUAAACCCUUUUUUGUAGGGGAGGAUUUGUGUGACUUGGGGUUGAUUUAAAGUAGAUGGACAUAUCUGAUAAUGAGAACCAUUCUAGGAGGAGGAGCAGGAUCAUUAUACCAACCAAGAAGCUGCUUCACAAUGAGAGUGCUGCUGUUGCACAAUUUGUUUUGUACACAGUUUUUUCUUUAAUCUUUAUUCUCGUUAAGUUAGUUAUGAGUACGGUGCUAAAUUUGGUUGAACUUCUUCUCCCAAAAUUGUCAAAUCGGUUGACCAACUAUGUAACUAAGUUAUGGGAAGAAGGCAGGGCAGGUUUAUCUGUGUUAAAAGAGGAUAUUGUUGAUCAUAUUAAGACUAAUUUCGGUUUGAA